UUUAGGCUCCUUUGUUGUUCUCCCCGGCAUCACUUGGCCCGUUUAUUUUUCCUUCUUCCUCUUGGUGCCCGCCGUUGGACACCGCGUACAAUAUGGAGGCGAUGGACUUUUUAAGAUAUGGUUGUGGAUAAGAAAGGGAGGGGGGGACAGUUGGCGGAGACGGAGACGAGAGAACGGAGGCUAGAACCUGGUGAUAGUGGUGUGCGAGAGGGGGUGAUGGGGAAGGAAAAGCACAAAUCUGCUUUCUCGAUCCGGCCGGACCCUGUUCUCCAUCUUGAGUCUCUUGAUUUCUUCUCGAGAAAGCCAAAUGGGGGAUUUGGUUCGGCAGGUAUUUUAUACGGGGUGUUUCUUCUUCCUCCCGUCCUCUUCUUCUUAAUAGCUCGGCUCGUCUGCUUCGUGCUGCGCUGUUCUUUUAGUUUGGGGCUAUCGGUUCUUCGGUUCUUUUGCUACAGGACCGUAUGGCUGCUAUUAUUACUAUUACUAUUCCCGGAUUUAUCUGACUGCGAUGGUGACGUUGGUUGUGGUGAUUUGUGGUGAUUAGUGUGGCUGCGGUGACGGUUGGCAGAAGUUGUUUCGACUGUUGACUUGUAGUUUGUUGCUUGAAGUUGCGUAAUAAAGCGCGCAUGCCUUCUACUUGCUUUUUUUUUUUCCUAUCUCAAAGUAUUUCAACUCUCUCGGGGUGAUUAUGGCGCGACAGAAAUUGAAAUAGCAAAGGUUAUUAAUUGCAAUUAUGCCA